GGUGACAUGACGUCGUCUCGUCACGCCAUUCAUCUGUUUGUUUGUGUUGUCAAAAAAGCGAAAGGAGUCCUCUUUGAACAAAUUAAAAAUUUUCCCAACAUUUAACUCAUCUUAAACAUAAUUCUUUCUUUUACACUGGUUUUCUCAUCUUUUUUUUUUCUGACAUGAAUGGUAUUGUCCAAGAUGAACCUGCUGUUAGCAAAUGGUGGAGUGUCAACAGACCGAGAGUGCUUUACACACCUAUUCCCAAGCUAUCCGAAGAUCGACUUUCUGCUCAAGAAGAAGAAGAGACGUGGUUAAAGCGGAACCUGCAUUUUCAGUCAGAACUCACUUGGCUUUUGUCACUUGAACACCAUAGAUUUUGGUCUCAAAUACUAUUUGGUUCCCAUUCCUUAGAUGGGUUAAUAUCUUUUCUUCAGGAAGCACUCCCAUAUUAUGUACUUCCUGAAUUCUUGUCAACUCCUCGCAUAGAAGAAGCCUAUCAUAAAACAGCUGAACAAGUAUUUCAGGCUUUCAUUAGAUUGAGUGUAUUUGAUUCUAAGUUUUAUCACUAUUUUCCAGUUCAAAGGCAAGCUGAUUUAGUUUUUGAAAAGCAUAUAUUCACCCUACCAGUAAUCUUAGAUUUGUGUCACCUUUUUGGACGAGAGAACCAUCAAGCUAUAACAGAUCUUGUAGAAAGCCUGUUCAGUAGGCAACCCAGAUACUUGAAUGAUAUUCUUCAAGUUGUGACUUUCUUUGAAGAGGCAUUGAGAAUUCUCACUCAUAGCUUUUGUGGUGCAGCGUCCAUUUUAAAUGUUUGUGGAGAGCCAGCUCCUUUGACCUUUGGUAAUGAUCAAACUCUCCUUGAGGACAUGACACCUGAACAGUGUAGAGAUAAGUUACUUUAUUUACUAGAUAGUGUGUCCACUGGUGCUGUGUUUUUGGAUAUAUUUAGUUCUGGCAGCAUUGAUUUUCGUUCUCGGCACUUCCAUAAUAGACUUGCAAUGUUCUACAAUGAAGCCAUUCCUAGAAUAGAGAAAAAGGUAGAAGGUAUUGGUUGUAAUGAGGACCAACUUUCCCAAUAUGUUGAUCUCAAGCACAAACUAAGCCUUGCUAAAAUGGAAAUUCUCAAAUUCUUCAAAGCAAUAAGUCUUAGUUAUGUGCACUACAUCCUUGAAAACAGGGAGGCCAUGACUGAAGAUGAGUUGAAGAAAAGUGUCGAUGAAUAUUUGACAAUGCUUACAGAUUGCUUAUCAGAACAAAUUUUUGUUAGAGAUUAUAAUGCUGUAUAUGGUAUUGAUAAUGAUCUUGAUACUAUGGCCCAAAUAUCACCUGAUCUUGAUUCUAUCAAAUAUAAUUAUCUUAUGGAAUCAGUCUUAUGUUCAUACUCUGUUCCUAAGAAAAAAGAUCUUGAUGCUCCUUGUUUUAAAUCUGCAUCCUCUAUGAGUGUUGCAAAGUCUAUGAAAAAUUUGACAUUGGUUGAGAGUCCAUCAACUAGUUCAAAUCUUGGUCAAGGUAAAGUCAACAAACCAUCAGGUGUUGAACUUGAUUCAUUAGUUACAGAGGUGAAAGAUAUCCUACCUGAUCUUGGUGAUGGUUUUGUAAAGUGUUGUUUGGAACACUUCAACUACCAAAGUGAAGCUGUGAUAAAUGCGUUACUCGAGGAAAAUUUGCCAGACGCUCUUAAAAGUCUUGAUCGCAGUGCUGUACACAUUGGAGACGUCACCAAAGAACAGGACUCUGAUGUUCCGAAGAGGUCCAACAUAUUUGAUAAUGAUGAAUUCGACAUAAUGAGUAGAGACCAUAUUGAUACUUCACGUGUUCACAAGGGCAAAAAGCGCACAGUUCCAAAGAAUGCAUUUGAUUUGUUAAGUGAUAAAUCUGGUGUGAAAGGUUUGCGAGACAUGUAUCACCGCUUUGGAACAGUAGACACCACAGGAAGUAUGUACGAUGAUGAAUAUGAUGAUACCUAUGACGAUGACUUAGCUAUCGAGGAGGCCGGUGAAGCUGAACAAAGGCGAAAGUUUGUAGUACCGCGAGUCUUACGAUCUCGUGAGGAAGUAGAGAGUUCAGAGGGCAGUGAAGAAGAAGCGGAGGUCACAGAGGACACACCAACAAGGGAUGCAUUUUGUCAGGAUCCUGCAUUGCUGCGAGCCAAAAGAGACAGACAGAGAGCUGAACAGAUGCAACAACGGGGAGGAGGAAGCGGUAGGGGUGGUAGUAGAGGUAUCAAUCCAGGUAGAGGUGGCAGCAGUUCUGCAAGUGGAGAAAAGCGGUUUGAUGUUGUUGGAAAACCGAAAGGUCAAGGCCAAGAGAAGCAGGUAACUACCAAUCGAGAUAAAAAGAAUACAAACAAGUCAUCCAGAGCCAACCACAACAGAAGAUCUGGAGCACAACACAAGAGGAACCAAGGGAUGAUACCGUCUUAGCACAAUUGUUAUUAUAAAGUUUGACUGCACGUUAUUUUCUCUGAUCUUACUCUGGUCUUUUAAAGGGUGUUAUCCCUUGUAUUCAACAAUGUUUCUAUCGAUACUGUAAGUGAUAAGUUCUGUGUUUACCGCUGCAGUCUAUAUUUUUCUACUAUUGAAUAUUAAGGUUUGAUUUCUUUCAUAACAAUUUCACUUAGUACUGCCAUUCUAAACAAUGGUCUAGGCAGACAUGUUUUUAAUCUAGAAAAUCAGAAGAGAAUUUGUGCCACACCAAGAUGGUUGUUAAUUUGGAGUUCAUGGUUUACUUGUCAUUUUCAGUAUGUAGGCGUACUGACCAUUACUUUUGCAUGUGCAUUUGGGAUAUUUUUUUCAAAAAAAAAAUAUUGUAAAUUGGGUAUUGAAAACAAAAUUUGAGAUAUCACAGAUAGAAACAGCUGUGGAUCAUUGUGAUUUCCUUUCUACAUUCUGCUGGUCCAGAAGUAUGUGUACCCUCUAAGGCCUUCAUGUAUGUAUUAUGAAUAAGUAACACACAGUUACAGUAGUUAAACUAAUAAGAAAUUUAUUUAUUGACAUGUUAAAAUAAUGAGCAUAUAUACAAAGUGAAAGAAAAGAAAAAAGUGUACAUCAAUAAAUUGUGUGACAGAUUUAA